UUUGCCAAGACGCAGGUAGGAACUGUUGCACGUAAAAGGACCAGCCGGACGACACACUCUCUUCUCUCAGUCACGGUAACACCUCCAAGAAAGGGCCUUGAUCGUGGACAAAUUUCGAUGGUGAAUCGAUGUUCCUGUGGCACCGUGGAUCCAACCGAGCAGGCAAGAGACGGACGUCAACGUCUGGAAAUGCACCGGCUCAGGAAAGAGCGCUCGAGACAAGAACGUACCCUCCUCAAAUCCUCGAUAGAUAUUUGGAUUUCCACAACGGCAUGA